AUGUCACGGACCUGCCUCCUCCUCCUGCUCCUCCUCUACCACCUGGCCCCGCCGCUCGCCGCCGCCACAGACGCCGACGCGCUCCUCGCCCUAAAAUCCGCCCUCGACACCUCGCACCGCCUCCCAUGGAGCGCCGCCACCGCCCCCGCCCUCUGCACCGCCUGGCCGGGCGUCCGCCAGUGCGACGCCAACGGCCGCGUCACCAAGCUCGUCCUGGAGAACCUCAACCUCACCGGCCCCCUGACCACCCCGCUCCUCGCCCCUCUCCGCGAGCUCCGCGUCCUCAGCCUCAAGUCCAACGCGCUCUCCGGCACCAUCCCGGACAACCUCGCCGCGGCCCUCCCCAACCUCAAGCUCCUCUACCUCUCCGGCAACCGCCUCCAGGGCCGCCUCCCAGCGUCCCUCGCCCUCCUCCGCCGCGCCACCGUGCUCGUGCUCUCGGACAACGACUUCUCCGGCGGGAUCCCGCGGGAGCUCGCCUCCGGGGUGCCGCGGCUCACGGCGCUCAUGCUCGACGGGAACCGCCUCACGGGGCCCGUGCCGGCGCUGCCGCAGCCCACGCUCCGCCGGCUCGACGUCUCGGGGAACCGGCUCGAGGGCCAGAUCCCGGCGGUGCUCGCCAGGCGCUUCAACGCGUCCUCCUUCGAGCGCAAUGCCGGGCUCUGCGGGCCCCCGCUCGCCGCGCCGUGCGUCCAAGCGCCGCUGUCCCCCGCCACGGCCGCGUUCGCGCCCCUCCCCCCGCCCGGCGGCGGCAGGCGGCGAAGCAGGAAGCUCGCCAUCGUGGUCGGAUGCGCGGUGGCCGGAGCGGUACUGCUGGCCCUCCUGCUGGCGGCGGCGGUCACGGCGUGCCGGCGCGGGAGGAACAAGCGCGUGGCGGGCGACGUCGACAAGGGCGGCCCGGAAACGGCCGAGGAAGACCAGCACUCAGCCAACGCGCUCCCACCGGCGACGAACGCGGCGGCGGCGGUGGGCGGCGGGCGGGAGUUCUCGUGGGAGCGGGAGGGGAUCGGGAAGCUGGUGUUCUGCGGCGGCGGGGCCGAGGAGAUGUCCUACAGCCUGGAGGAGCUGCUGCGCGCGUCGGCGGAGACGCUGGGCCGCGGCGAGGCCGGGAGCACGUACAAGGCCGUCAUGGAGACUGGGUUCAUCGUGACGGUCAAGCGGAUGCGGUGCGGCGACGCCGCCGCCGGAGUGGGCGCGGCGGAGUUCGGGCGCCGCGCCGAGGAGCUGGGGCGGGUGCGCCACCCGAACGUGGUGGCGCUCCGGGCCUAUUUCCAGGCCAAGGAGGAGCGCCUGCUCGUCUACGACUACUACCCCAACGGUAGCCUCUUCUCCCUCAUCCACGGGUCGAGGCCGUCGAGCAAGGGGAAGCCGCUGCACUGGACGUCGUGCAUGAAGAUCGCCGAAGACAUCGCCGCUGGCCUGCUCCACCUCCACCAGACACCCGCGGCCCCCAUCGUGCACGGCAACCUCAAGCCGUCCAACGUGCUCCUCGGCCCGGACUUCGAGUCCUGCCUCACCGACUACGGCCUCGUCCCCGCGCUCGCCGCCGCCGACGCCUCCUCGGCGGUGUCCCUCCUCUACCGCGCUCCCGAGACGCGCUCGGCCUCGGCGAUGGCCAUUGCAUGCUUCACGCCGGCUUCAGACGUGUACAGCUUCGGCGUGCUCCUGCUGGAGCUGCUCACGGGCCGGACGCCGCCCCAGGACCUCGUGGAGCUGCGCGGCGACGAGGACGUCAUACCGGCAUGGGUGCGCGCCGCGCGCGAGGAGGAGAUGACGGAGUCGGGCGGCGAGUCGGCCGCGUCCGCGGGUGGCGGCGGCGCGGAGGAGAAGCUGGGCGCGCUGAUCGGCGUUGCGGCACUGUGCGUGGCCGCGGACUCCGGCAGGAGGCCAACGACGGUCGAGGUGCUCCGGAUGGUGCGGGAGGCGCGGGCGGAGGCCAUGUCGUCGUCCAACAGCAGCGACCGGUCCCCUGCGCGAUGGUCCGACGCCCUGGUCGGCGCACCGCCGCACCGGGAGCACGGCGCCGAGAGCUUCGCCGAUCGGGACUGA